UGGGUUUCUGGAUAACCAUUUCAUCAGAUAUUUAACAGGAAGAAGAUUGGACUUUACUUCUCUCUUAACAAACCAAAAUUCUCAGCAUGGCUUUGCUCGACUGUAAAAGAUCCAGGUGCAAUCUCCUCCAGAGCGUUUUACUUUUGGCUUUGAUUGGACUUUCUGGUGUUAUGAUAACAAAAUUCAUCUCUAAUAAAUGUGAUAUUGCGGACAUCCAAGGUGAAUCAGACAGUUCCAGAAGUCUGCCCUGCAAGGAUCAUUUUUACAAACAAAUCAGCUUGAGAGCAAAUGGCGCAGGUAAGGCAAAUUGCACCAGAAUUACUAAGGGGGAUUUAGAGGCUAUUGAUGAAGGAUUAAAACUGAAUAAAGAGGUGAUAAAUCCUGAUUUUCAUUUUAAUGAAAGCAGUUACAUAAACAUGACUACAGACUGCAGUUAUUUUAAGAAAAACAGAAAAUAUAUGCCAUUUCCCAUGAGCAAAGAAGAGGAGAACUUCCCUAUUGCCUAUUCUAUGGUUAUACAUGAAAAGAUUGAUAUGUUCGAAAGGCUACUGAGAGCAAUUUAUGCCCCUCAGAACAUUUACUGUGUUCAUGUGGAUGAAAAGUCUCCUGCUGUAUUUAAGGAGGCAGUGAAUGCCAUUACCUCUUGCUUUGAUAAUGUAUUUAUUGCAUCCAAGUUAGUCAAAGUGGUCUAUGCUGCUUGGCCAAGGGUUCAAGCUGACCUAAACUGCAUGGAAGAUUUACUGCAGAGCAAAGUACUGUGGAAGUACCUUCUAAAUACUUGUGGCACAGACUUCCCAUUAAAGACUAAUGCUGAAAUUGUGAGAACCCUCAAAUCAUUAAAUGGAAAAAAUAGUAUGGAGUCUGAGAAACCAUCAUCAUCAAAAAAGACACGCUGGGAAUUUCAUUUUGAAGUGGGAGAUUCUAUAUCAAAGACAGCUAUUGAGAAAUCCCCACCGCCGAUUGACAGUCCAAUGUUUACAGGCAACGCGUAUAUUGUGGUUUGCCGAAAUUUCGUUGAACAUAUUUUUAACAAUCCACAAGCUCUGACCUUGAUAGAGUGGGUCAAGGAUACAUAUAGCCCAGAUGAACAUUUAUGGGCAACCCUUAAUAGAAUGCCAGGAGUACCAGGGUCUUCUCCUUACAGCGAUAAAUAUGAAAAAUCAGAUAUGAAUGCAGUGGCCAGAAUGGUAAAGUGGGGGUACAUGGAAGGGGACAUUGCAAAGGGAGCACCUUACCCACCAUGCACAGGUACACACAGGAGGUCAAUUUGUGUGUAUGGUACUGGGGAUCUAUAUUGGUUGCUGGAACAGCAUCAUGUGUUGGCCAACAAGUUUGAUCCUAAAGUUGACAACAUUGCUCUUGAAUGCCUUGAAGAAUAUUUAAGACACAAAACUGUUUAUGGAAAAGGUCUUUAAUGUAAGGGGAGCAUUACAGAGAAAAUGUUGCAAAUGAUCAACCCUUAUUGCAGACAAAAACCUAAGAGGAGUUUGUUUACCUUAAGCCCUGACUACAGAGUGGGACUGUCCAUCAUUUUAUAAUAAGACGUAUAUAAUGCAUAUAUAUCUAUAUAUACACAUUCCAUGUUCAUGAGCCAUUAAGCUCUAUAACAGCUUUUAUCUAAGUCACAUUUAUUUUUUUAAGUGACUUUUUUUCCCUAUUCAUUAAAUCUAGGUUAUGUAUUGGUUGUAAUAAUUUAUGUUAUAUUGAUUUCAGGUCAUUGAAUUUGAGUUUAGGAAAUCAGCAGUGGAGCCAUACAAUUGUUCUAGUAUGUUAAUGUUAAGAAUAUUGAAAUAAAAGCUAAUAAGCAGCUAAUAUAUUAUCAUUUGAAUUACUAAAGUAAAAAUUGUUACAAUUUUUUUUUUAUUUUGUUUUUGCAAAAGUUGGUUAAUUUGGGGAAGAAGCAGGUGGUCUGUUCUUUUCCAGGCAAUAUAUAAUAAUAUACUGUAUAUAAGUCUUUUGAGUGUCUGCACUCCAAUGCUAAUCAAUUAACGUGGUGGGGUGCUCAUUCAAAUAAAUUAUAUAAAAAAUGCUUUCAAACUGGCACACCCUAUUUAAAAUUCAACUUUCUUUAUUGAGCACAUUGCACAAGAGUUCCUUACCUAGUGUAUAUAUAUAUAUAUAUGCUUGUUUAAGGGCUGGAAUAAAGUCUUUUUUGUAACAAUCAUUUUGUGGCAUUUGAUAAAAACAGAAGUGCAACUAUUUCACUUCAGGGCAGCUCUGUUAACCAUCAAACUGCAAAUUGUGCCGUAUUCCCAGCAAUUCAAUUCCCACAAUAUUUUUUUCCAAAUGCAAACCCUCUCACCUAUGAAUUGAUCAAUUGAUCUAACUAGUUAUUUAUCAUUGUCAGAGGCUUUGUUAAUUUAUUUACACAGACGUGUAAUCACCAUUAGUUAUCAAAACCCAUAGAAAGCUUUGGGCAAUGUUUACUUAAAUUUUUCCUGUUCUUUAUCAGUAUCAAUAGUUAUUAACUAACUGUGGAUGUGCUUUGCUAGCUGAUUGAUCUAAAUCAAUUCACAAUUAUAGUUUUAUCAUUUAUAAUUUACUUUGAUAAAUCUGACUUACUGAACCACUGCUUACUCCAUCAGAAGAUCAUUUAUGAUUAUUGUAAAUGAUUGUGUAGUUUUAGUCAGAAAACUUUUUCCAACUUUCAUUCGAACACCACCAAAAUAUCUAAAGAACAUUUUCUCUUUAGAAACUCCACCACUGCACGUGGGCAAUUUUUUUGCUGCAGCUUGUAUUAGACAACUCAUUGAGAAGCAAGCAAACGAAAUAUGAUUUAAAUACAGCAUGUCAAAUAAUUACAUUUUAAUUAAAGGUGGCUCCCAAAGCAAGAAAAGAGUUUGGUGAAAAGUAUGUCAUUUUAUAGGCAGGAGUGAUGAUGAAGGUUAAGCCUGUUUCCCUGGGCUGUUAGAGAUGGGCAACUACACUCACACUGCAAUACUUCCUUUAUAAUAGGAUCAUUUUGAUAAAAUUCUCUCAUUUGAUCAUGGUCCCAGGAACACACCUAGUGCACUGACUGUAACAGUUGGUCCAAGGAGAAUAUCUUUACAUACACAUUAAAAAAUUGAAUAUUUCUACUGGUUCUAAUAAAACUGGAUAUGACAUUUGA